ACUUUUUCUCCAGAUCUGCAUGCGGAAGCGGCAGGUCGCUGAUGUGCGCUUUCUCUCUUUUUUCUUUCUUUCUUUUUUUUUUUUUUAAAUCAUGAACACAACAAUAAAUAAAACAUCUAACAAUUUAACAUCUUAGAAAUCGUAAUAACGCACCGAUAAUUAACUGAGACUUAAGAACAAGCUGAAGAUGUGGCGAAUACAAAGCUUGGUGGGGAGAGUUUUAAGCCGUUACCAUGGGAACACGUCAUCUUUGCGUCUCUCGAACAGCCACCACGUUGAGGAUGAAGUCAUCAGCUCGUCGUCGGUGCUCUCCACCGGACGGUCUCAGAGAGGGGAUGAUGGAGAGCAGAAGAAAAAAAGCAAAAGAACAGCAGAGUUUUGCUCUGCUGGAAUGCAGAGAUACACGGCGCUGGAUGCAGUGGGAUGGGGUGCCGCGGCGGUUCUGUUCAUGCAGAUCUGCAGGAGGAUCCACUCUCAGUUCUCCUCUGUUGGUGAACAGAACCCGGGAACGCCCCGCCUCCUUCACAAAUGCACACACAAGAUCCUGCUCGAAAUGCUGUCAGGGCACAUUGUGUUGCCCCGUGGAGUGUGUGUGAUGGGUGUGAAGGGGGCGUUAACAAGUCCAGAGCAAAGCAGCAGCAGCAGCAAUGUUUAUAAUUACAGCACUGUUGCUGAACCUGCACACUCCAUCAAUGACCAGCAGGGGGAGACAGUCAACCAUAACAUAACAGAAGCACUCUCAGACUUUAAUCUUUCCCAGACAGCAGCCACUGGAUGUGAAGUACCACAAGGACAGAAGUCGUGCUCUCUGGACGAGGCCGAGGAGAAUCUCCGAGAUGUCGCAGGCAACAGCGUGCCUGUCAUCCUCAACAUCAUCGGUCUAGAGAGUGCUAAAGCAGGCGAUCAUAAGGCAGCGUUCGAGUGUUUUCGGGCUUCGGCUCAGCAGAAUUACACCAAAGCUCAGUUUAAUGUUGGAGUGUGUUAUGAGAUGGGCCGCGGAGUCGGGAAAGACCUUAGCAAGGCUCUGCAGUAUUACAAGUGUGCAGCGUUGGCAGGUCACACACAGGCUCAGUACCGCUGUGCAAAACUCCUCCUGAACAGCAGGGGGCAGCAGAGCGUCAUGGACGCACACACUGCUACUGCUACAGCCAGGUCUCUUCUGCAGAACGCUGCUGCUGCCGGACACACUGAGGCUCAGCUGUACCUGGGUGUGUUAUUCUCUCAGGAUCCAGACGCCGAUGGUGGAAAAUCAGUUCACUAUUUCAGAAUGGCAGCGGAGAGUGGAGACAGUACUGGUCUGCUGUUUCUCGGUCAGUGCUAUGAGAGAGGUUUUGGAGUUCCACGGUGUUACAUGACUGCAGUGUGUUAUUAUGAGAAGGCAGCAGCUAAAGGAAACCAGCAGGCCAAGAACAAGCUCGACCUGCAUAAACGAGAAGUCCUGCGAUCGAUCCGUUCCGCCCCUUGUCUCCCGGUCCUGGAUCAUCUUCCUCUUAGAUCCAUGUUUCCUCCAGCGCCGACUCAGCCGCUUCCUCAUUCACAGAGCACAGGCAGUCUCAUAGCUCCGCCCCCUCUUUACGCUCACACACUCAGUGCUGACUGCCGAAGUGGGGGCUGGAUUAUAGGGGUGGGAUGAUUACACACACACACACACACACACACACACACUCAAAUUGUCAAUCAAGGAUUGAUGUUAAGCGCACAAGAACAAACUGAUGGAGCUCUGGUAAAGCUUUUGUAGAAUGUUCUCAGCCAAUCAGAGCUCAGAUGUUACAGGCAUUGUUAUUAGGUGAGAGAGAACAAGUCACGUUUCUAAAAGUUCGUUAUUUUAUUAUUCGUUGUGGUUUCUUUUCUUUUUUUUAAAGAGCAUAUAAGCUACCUGGGAGCCCCUUUGCUGCAUGUUUAUUUCUGUGUGUGUUUUAUGGGAGUUUAUAUGGAAGCAGACGUUUAUUUUUUUGGACAUUAUAAGCCGUUUUGGAUGUAUGAGUGUAAAUUUGUGUAGCAGACAGCACUCAUGUUCUAGUACUGAUUUUAAUGCCCUUGUGCACACCCCAUUGUGUAAAUCAAGCCGGUGCAGUCUUUAGAAAUCUUCCGUUAUCCUAUCAGCUUGCGUGAUGAAUAUUUAAAUGGCAAAUCAUGUAAUACAUCACCGUCAAGCCAAUACUCUGCAUGGAAACCCACUGUACAGUCUUUUUUAAAGAGUCUUUUAGACUCUGCUGUGAUGUGACAUGAGGUGUUGCACACUGGCCGGGAGUCGACGAUGGUGUAUUAAAUAAUAAUAAAGUGUUGAAGCACUUUGCCUGACGUAGACUGCUGUUGUGAAACGAGCACUUUUACAGGAGCGCUGUGAUCGAGCGAGUGAAACGUACACCAUUUCCACCUUCUGAAUAGAACGUUCUGAAUCGAACGUGUUUGACUUCAAAAAUACAAUUGCACUUAAACUUACGUUAUGAUGAAGUCUAAAGAAUAAGCCAAAAUACAUGCUUUUAUAUUCAUUAUGUGCCUUGUUUUUUUUUAUUUUUAUUUUUUAAAAGCCCACAUAAGUGCAUCUUUAUUGCAUUAAUAAUGAUGUAAUGAGAGGUUGACUGUUUAUGCAUAACUCUAAGCGUAAAAUAUUUUCUUUGUUUGUUUACUGUGAUCAUGAACGUACAUUAUUUAGAUGUAUUAAGCACUAUGGCCUGUUUGACGCACACUUCACAGUUCACUAGCAAAUAAAGGAACUUUUCUAUGA